AAAGUAUUUCAAACACCUGAAAUCAAUGAACUUGUCCAUCUAAUUGUCCACAGUGCAAAAUUAGAAUUUUAGAAAUUGUAGAAUCGUAGAGAUCAAGCUGAGUUAACAGCUUAUGCAAUUCAAUUGGAUAUUUGUUUCUUAAAAACAUCAAGAGCUAAAGUAGAGCAGCAACAGAGAAUUAUAGGAAAAUGAAGUUUAUUUAUUUUUAAGAGUGAGUUGUUUAAAUUUCAAAAGGAUAUUUUCUGUUAAGAAGAAAUCUUUUUAAUUAAUUAUGCAUAUUCUUUUGAAAAUAAAUCAGAAUGAAUCUCAAGUGAAAACUGAUCGGUUUUGCUAUCCUUUGUCAAUUCUCCUGCUUUCCUCGUCGUAUAAGGUACACAAAGAGUUGCUAGGGAACCUGAGUAUACACAAAACUUAUCAUCAUCCAGCUCGAAGCGAAACAACGUGACUACGUGUAUGGUUAAAAGAGUUUUCCAAGAGUUUUCUAUAACUGAUUCAAUGUUAAGGUGAAGUGUUGCAAAGAAUCGUCAUGCUGCUCAAAUAUUUGGGCAAUGUUAUGCCACCAUAUGAUUACGAGAACCGAGUGGUGGGUAUUGUAUGGUCGCCGAACAAUUUAAAACUAGCUGUCGCCUCCUCCGAUCGUUCCAUUUACCUUUUCGAUGAGAAUUGCGUGAAACGGGACAGGUUCUCGACGAAACCCGUCGAUUCGAAGUUUGGCAAAAAGAGUUAUGUGAUCAAGGGUAUUGCCUUCUCUCCAGACUCGACCAAAAUAGCAGUUGGCCAGACAGACUGUAUAAUUUACGUUUACAAAAUUGGGGAACAAUGGGGAGAGAAGAAAGUGAUUUGCAACAAGUUUCGCCAAAGUUCCGCCGUCACUUGCUUAAUUUGGUUAACCGAGGGGCCAAUUAUAGUUGGCUUGGUGGAUGGGAAAGUUCGAGCGGCGCUGGUGAAAUCUCAGAAGGCUCAGACACUUUACACGGCUGAUUCAACGACAAUCGCGUUGGCACCGAACGUGCGAGGAACAGGUUUCCUAUCCAGCCACGCCGACGGGAGCAUAAUAAAAUAUCAUUUAACCGAGGACGGUAAUCACGAGCCCUCGGGGCGUAUCUGCACCCAUACCGUGCCGGCGUACGCACUAGCUUGGACUCAAUCUCACGUCAUGGCCGCGGGAUGCGACAGGCGCGUGGUGUUUUACGAUUCUCGUGGAAAGCUGGUGAAGAGCUUCGAUUACAGCCGCGAGAACGAAAAGGAAAUAGCGACAGCCUGUUGCAGCCCCAGCGGGCAGAGCGUUGCCAUCGGUUCCUGGGACAAGAUACGAAUCUUGGACUGGAGUCCACGACGGUCUGUUUGGGAGGAGGCGAAUUCCAGGGCCUUGCCCAACUUCUACACCGUCACCGCAAUAUCCUGGCGUCGCGAUGGUUCCAGGCUGCUGGUAGGUAGCCUCUGCGGUGCUGUGGAGCAGUUCGAAACAGUGCUGAAGAGAACGGUGAUACGUGGCAGCCACGAGGUAGCGUACGUUGGACCCAGCCAGGUGGUAAUCCGGCCAUUGAACGAGGGCAAUCGACCGGUGAUCGUCAGGUCACAGACUGGUUACGAGAUUGAGGACGUGAAGGUGCUCGGGAGGGCUGACAACAACGUAGUCGCCCGCACAGCCAAUACCCUGCUGCUCGCCGACAUUGAACUGAAUCUGAUCAGCGAAAUCCCCUGGGACGACAAGAGCAACAGCGAGAAGUUCUUCUUCGAGUACCCAAGAGUCUGCCUGAUCUUCUGCUCCGGCGAGCUGACUAUAGUCGAAUAUGGGAACAACGAGGCGUUGGGCUCGGUGAGGACAGAAGCGGUGAAUCCUCACGUUGUUAGUGUGAGGAUCAAUGAGAGGCAAGCCCCAGGAGCACCAGACAACAAGAGACUUGCUUACCUGUUGGAUCCCAGGACUGUUCGUAUCAUGGAUCUGAUUACUGGCCUCACUAUUACUAUGAUCUCUCACGACGUGCGGGUGGAUUGGUUGGAACUAAGCGAGACUGGCCACAGGUUGCUGUCCAGGGACAAGAGAGCUAGGUACGGAUGUUUCAUUUCAUUGGCUCGCGUGUUUCAUGAUGUGAUUGUUCCUUUGUUAUUUGAUCUUUUCUUUUUCUUUUUCAUAUGGUUUAUUAGAGUAGUUUAUUAAGUAGGUGAAGACGAUUAUUCCAUGUAUGGCGCAGAGAAUUGGCUUCAGUGAAACAACCUAAUAGAAUUGGAAAUAAGAUAUGAUUGGCAAUGAAGUAUAGAAUUAUAUCCAGCACUAUUUAUUAUUGGAAGAAGUAUUCAAGUAUCAUGAAAAAUGACUUCUUUAGUAACGUUGUACAAAUUUCGAGAACAGAAGUAGAAUCGUCUGGAAAAAGAGAUCUAAGAGUAGAAGCUUUAAGCUCUGAAACAAGACCAAGCGGAAGGUUGUACGAUUUUUUUUCAUGAAGUUAUAACAAUUGAAAUUAUUGGCGAUUUUUCAUCCAACGUACGAAUACUUUUGUGAGUUGCUCCACAUACAUUUCAACAUUUCAAAUUUAUAAAUAAGCAUCUUCAAGCGUAAAUAAUACAAAAUACAGAGAGGAGGAAAAUUCUAGAUCCAACCAGAUAAGUAUAACUGUGAAAAAUCAUAAAUUAAUGCCUUCCAUUGAUUAUUUUCUUAAAAUUAGAUCAAUUCAUGGACAUCGAAAAGCUAGCGCCGCGUAGCGGUGAAACGGUGCAACUAAUUUAUAUUGCUGUCCUUGUCGCACGCUGUUGCUCUCCUUGUCUACCACGCAUAUAUGUCUGUCCUUGUCGCACGCUGUUGCUCUCCUUGUCUAACGCGCGUAUACGUCUAUCCUUGUCACACACUACUUCCCUCUUUGUCUAACAACGCUAGACAAGGAAAGCAACAGUGUGCGACAAGGACAUCUUUCGAUCUAUUGAAAAAAAAUUCAACUUUUUACACACACAUUUUCCUAGGACAAAACACACAUAGAAAGAAAGCGGGGAGCCCAAUUUUAAGGAAGCACAUAAAAAAGUCCGCAAAUUAUUCCUCUUAAUUAGGUUUUUUUCAUAAUUAGUGCGAACUGUCACAAAAUGGACAUGGUGGCGC